AUGAGCGCACCAUGGAUCUCUAGCUUUUUCUUUUCCUUCUUCUUCUUCUUCUCAUUCAACAGACGGCAGUUUGCUAUUGCCAGCUCUUCUCUACCUCCAAGUGAAGGGGCUCCAGUUUAUGGCAUUCCUACUACUGCAAAUCGUUCAACCUCAUGGACCAAUGAUGAAUCUUCCCUCUCUUCCAUCUCUUUUCCAGAUGGCUCGAUGUACAGGGCUAUUCUCCGAGAUGAAACAAACAGUUCCAUUUGUGGCUUCUUUUGCAUUCAAGGAGCCUCCUGCACAUCUUACCUCUUUGCUAUUCUUCUCAACCGACAUGAUCCGGUGGUCAUUUGGUCAGCCAACCGAGACUACCCGGUUAGAAACGGAGCAAUCCUGAAUCUCACUGCAACCAAUGAAUUGAUUUUAUAUGAUGUGGAUGGAAGCAAAGUUUGGACUACAAACACUACUGGGAAAUCAAUUGCUGGCGUGAAAUUAAGUGAUAACGGAAAUCUUGUGUUGUUUGAUGGUGAUAACUCGAUGAUUUGGCAAUCAUUUGAUCACCCUACAGACUGUUUAGUACAGGGGCAAAAACUAUUUCAAGGACAGAAGCUCAUACCUAGUGUUUCAUCAACCAACUGGGCAGCUCAAAAAGAUUCAUACUCUCUUCAAGUCACCAACAAAGGUUUGUUUGCUUAUGUUGAAUCAAACCCACCUUUAGUCUACUAUCGUCACUUGGUAAAUGGGACAGAUACAGAUAAACAAACCAGGUAUGUCGAGUUCUUUAAUGGGAAUUUGUCUUUCUUCAAUUUUUCAACCGAGCCAAGUCGACCCGACAGUGUGAUUCCUAUACCUCAAAAAUUCCCACUUCAGUAUAUGAAACUAAUGCCAAAUGGGCAUUUAACAGUGUUUGAAUACGAUUCUUCAGUGGGGUCAGUAGGGUGGAUGGCGGUGGCUGAUCUACUAACCGGUGAUCUAGGAGAGUGUUUUUAUCCAUUGGUUUGUGGGAGAAAUGGCAUUUGCUCGGGUAAUCAAGAAUGUAGUUGUCCAAGAUCAAGCUUUCCGGGGAUGGACUCUUUUAGGGCAGUUAAUGAUAGCGAACCCAACAUGGGUUGCUCUCAAGUUACUCCUCUCACAUGUAAUGCUACUCAAAAUCAUACGUUUAUUGAAAUCAAGAACGUAAAGUACUUCACCUAUACUGUCGACAUAGAGAAUGUGGAUUUGGGGACUUGCACACAAGCGUGUCUGAACAACUGCUCAUGCAAAGCAGCUCUAUUUGAGUAUGGUGAUCCGAGUCAUUCAAAUGGGAAUUGUUAUUUACCUACUGAGCUUUUUACAAUGACAAAGAACUUCGAUAAAUCACUGCCAGAAGAAAGUUGGCACUUACUGCGUGUUUUUGAGAGAUGUUGGGAACAUGGGACGUUGUUAAGCAUAGUCGAUAGGUACAGUGAAGAUAUGCAGAUACAUGGUACAGAAGUCGUGGAGACGAUGAAAGUUGCUUCAUGGUGUUUGCAGACUGAUUUCAGGAAAAGACCUUCAAUGUCAGUGGUGAUUAAGGUGUUAACGGGAGUAAUUAAUGUUGAAUCAAACUUGGAUUACAAAUUCUCAUACACAAGCCAGCAGAAAACAACAGUUAAACAUGGAGAAAGCUCGUUACCAUUGUCGCCUUCUAUUCUAUCCGGGCCUAGGUGA